AUGAUGACAUCUCCAGUGUUUGUUCUCUAUCUCACAUGUCUGUUCGUGGGGAAAAAAGCUCAGCUGACUGAUCUGAAAUCCUCCUCAUCUGCUCAUCAUGACAGUGGUUUUAUAUCACGUAAUGUUGGUGAGAGCGUAACUUUGCAAUGUAUCUAUGAAGGUGAGCUUGUUGCAGCACUUUACUGGUAUAAACAAACUCUAGGACAGAAACUAAAGAAAAUCUCCACCUUCCAUAAGUUAAAAAAAAGUACCACUUUUUAUGAUGAAUUCAACAAUUCACGCUUUACAUUGGAUACUGAAAAUGGGAAAAAUCACUUGGUGAUUUCAGAUUUACGUAUUUCAGACUCAGCUACUUACCUCUGUGCAAGUAGCUUUACAUAUGAUUUAGAAUUUAAGGAGGGAAUAAUUGUCAAUGUAAAGGGUUCAGGUUUGAACAUCCAAGCUUUGGUGCAUCAGUCGGCAUCGGAGAGCAUCCAGCCAGGAGGCUCUGUGACUCUGAACUGUACAGUACACACUGGGACCUGUGAUGAUGGAGAACACAGUGUUUACUGGUUCAAAAACUCUGAAGAAUCUCAUCCAGGACUCAUUUACACACAUGGAGGCAGGAAUGAUCAGUGUGAGAGGAACACCAACACACAAACACACACCUGUGUCUACAACUUACCGAUGAAGAGUCUGAAUCUUUCUCAUGCUGGGACCUACUACUGUGCUGUUGCCUCAUGUGGACAGAUACUGUUUGGAAACGGGACCAAGCUGGAUGUUGGCAACUCUCUUGUCUUGGUGUAUUUCUUGAGUGGAGCUUUGGCGUUCACCACCAUCCUCAGUGUUUUACUGGCUUUCUCAAUGUACAAGAUGAAGAGAAAAGGCCAAUCCACAGGUAACGACUCUGAAGCAACACUUUCAGCUCCCUCUAUGACAAAUGGCGAGGGUCACCAAGACACAGACAACCUGCAUUAUGCUGCUUUAAGUGUGAAGCUGCCCAACAGAUCAAGAAGAGUGAAGAACAACUCCAACAAUGAAUGUGUGUACUCCAGUGUAAAGUAGUACAAUUAUAUGUUACAUUUCUGAUUUUUAAGUAAUAUUUGUUCGUUUGGAUUAUACAU